GACUUCUCUUACGAUGAAUCCAAAGUGGAAUUCAAUGUUGAUGCUCCCAACGGAGUGGUGAUGGAAGGCUACCUCUUCAAGAGAGCGAGCAAUGCAUUCAAGACCUGGAACCGGAGGUGGUUCUCCAUACAAAAUAGCCAGCUGGUAUACCAGAAGAAGCUAAAGGAUGUACUCACAGUGGUGGUGGAAGACCUCCGACUUUGCACAGUCAAGCCUUGCGAGGACAUAGAACGGAGGUUUUGUUUCGAAGUUGUCUCUCCCACCAAGAGUUGUAUGUUACAAGCCGAUUCAGAGAAACUGCGCCAGGCGUGGAUCCAGGCUGUCCAAGCCAGCAUAGCUUCCGCUUAUCGAGAAAGCCCUGAUAGCUGCUACAUAGAAAAAUUGGAUCGAACUGCUUCUCCUUCAACUAGCAGUAUAGAUUCUGCCACCGAUUCCCGGGACCGAAGUGGGAAAGGGGAAACCAUCCUGCAGAGGGUGCAGAGCAUUUCGGGCAAUGACCAGUGUUGCGACUGCGGGCAGGCUGAUCCCCGGUGGGCGAGCAUCAACUUGGGCAUCUUACUAUGCAUUGAAUGUUCAGGGAUACACAGGAGUUUGGGAGUUCACUGCUCCAAAGUGCGGUCACUCACCUUGGAUUCUUGGGAGCCAGAAUUAUUGAAGCUGAUGUGUGAGCUGGGCAAUGCUACCAUGAAUCAGAUCUACGAGGCGCAGUGUGAGGAAAUGGGGCUUAAGAAGCCAACUGCUGGGAGCUCGAGGCAGGACAAAGAAGCAUGGAUCAAAGUCAAAUACGUGGAGAAGAAGUUUCUGAAGAAGCUACCUUCUGGGGAACCUCUGGCUGAGAACGAACAGAAACCCCGCCGCUGGAGUGUGAAGAAGUGCCAGAGGCGCAAUAGCUCUACGAAAGCACCCACUACCCGUAGGAAGUAUCGGCACGAAGCAGGAAAUGCGUCCCCAGCAGCACACUCUUCAGCUGCCACCUUGGAAAGGAAGUUCCGGCGAGAUUCCCUCUUCUGUCCUGAUGAACUGGAUUCCCUCUUCUCGUACUUUGAUACAGGAGCAGGACCACGCAGUGGGAACCAGGCAUCCGUCCAACAGCCUGUGGGUGCCGGUCCAUGGAGUGAGACCAGCAAUGGCCCUGGGGGGAGUGGUUCACCAUUUCUCCUGGAUGGAGGUCUAAGCAGCGACAGCGGACUGGGGGGCAGCACAGACGGGAGCACAGACGUCUUGGUGUUUGGCUCGGUGGUUGAUAGUGUCACAGAAGAAGAGUGUGAAGUAUCCGAAGAAUCCAGCGGGGAAGUCGAAAUUGAGCAAGAGGCCUCUGACUUGGAAGACCUGAGGGAGCUACAUCCUGGUUUACUAGUGUAUAAGGCUUCACGGGCCAGGAACCUGCCAGUAAUGGCAGAGGCCCUGGCCCAUGGUGCCAGUGUCAACUGGGUGAAUGACGAAGAUGAGAACAAAACCCCGCUGAUCCAAGCUGUCAUGGGGGGCUCCCUAAUAGCCUGUGAAUUUUUGCUCCAGAACGGAGCAGACGUUAACCAAAGAGAUAUCCGAGGGCGGGCACCUUUGCAUCAUGCCACAUAUUUGGGCCACACUGGCCAGGUCUGCUUAUUCCUAAAGAGAGGAGCCAACCAGCACGCAGUUGACGAGGACGGGCAGGACCCCCUCAGCAUCGCAGUCCAGGCCGCUAAUGCGGACAUCGUGACCUUGCUGCGUCUGGCUCGGAUGAACGAAGAGAUGCGUGAAGCCGAGGGCCCCUUUGGGCAUCCAGGAGAUGCCACUUACCUUGACAUCUUCCGAGACUUUUCUCACAUGGCAUCCAACAACCCAGAAAAACUCAACCGCCGUAGCCUUCAUUUCCACCCUUCUUACCAAUAGCUUUCUCCUCCAGUGUCUGCUUUCCUUCUGGUGGUAAUGGGCUCAUUUCAACUCAAAACAGUAACCAAGAGGAGGGGGCCUGCAUGACACAGAGAAAAACAAGGAGGGACAAGUUGGUGAAGAACUGGGUCCACCUGAGAUGCGGAGUCUCCGCCCACCCUCCAAAUCUGAUACCAGUUUCUACACACCUCUCCAAAGGAGUUUUUCCCAUCCCUAGACUUUCUGAAUAAUAUGGCCCUGCCUUGCGAAUACAUCUGCCAAAAUUAUGAGCCACAGAAAUGGAUCAUCAAAAAGAGAGGCUGGGGUUUUUCUACAGUUUUCCUCCUUGCUAGCCAGGGAAUCUUCUUCACUAGCCGCUGGUGGCUGGGAGCCAGUUGCAAGCGUACGGCAGAAAGGCUAGGAUGGCUGUGUGCCACCGUCAGAUUGGAAAGGAUCAUUCCCAUCUAUUAUGUCUUGGCUCGUCAAGUGUACUAAACUAUGGUUUCACUGCAGCUGAUUAAAUAAAAUACGGUUUUCUGGGACACACUUCCAAGGUCAGCUGCAUCAUGGUUUAGCAUGAAGCACAAUCCAGACAAUCUCUUGUCCUUCCCCCCCCCGCCCCACUUUUCUUUCAGUGAUCAAACGUUGGACUUGAAAAAGCUUCUCCCUAUAGGAGAAAAUAACCUUACUAUUAUAUUUUUGUGAAGUGCUUAGAAGUCUUCACUGUUCAGAAAGCCCAUAAUGGUCCAUUUUGUUCCCAGAGAGGUGCUUUGGGUGCCAUCUCUACUGCUUUGGACUAGAGGUAGGCUGAAGCCUGGAUUGCCCUGAACCCAGGACUGCCGUGGGCUCUUGGUACCUUCAAAUAUGUGUCCUGCUUUUCCUCCCCACCCCUUCAUUUUUUUCCCUCUUGACCUCAUCAGACACCACCACCUUUCACUUCCCUUAAUGCCCCUAACCUGGUGUCAGUGUGAGGCAUUGUGGGAAAUUAAAAUGGUGGUAAGACUUAGCUGGCCACAUCCUCUGCUCAGAAAUAAGAAUCCAGCGCGAACUUCACUGAAAUUUUGCUCCACUUCCACCGGGAAAUUUAUUUUAAAGGUAAACCUAGGAACUUGCCAGGUGAUGGAUGGAGAGGGUAUGGUAGGAAGAAAUUUGUUGGUGGACAUGGAAUUUAAAAGCUGGAUCUUCCUGCUUCGCAGCUCACAUUUCUUGCUGACGUGUUGUAGUGACUCUUGGUCGAUGAGAACUUAGUCCCAGAGAUACUGUCUGCAGAUUAAGUAAUUACCAAGUUUCUUUCUUUUUAAAAACUGGAAAGAGAAACUGAAAGCAACAUCUUCCAGAACCUAACUCAUUUGCUGAUGGCCUUGGCAAAAUGGAACCUCUCUUGAUGAAAUUUGAACUUCGAUUAUGAUGGGGAUUUGAAUUUCAGUUACACUCCAGAACAGUUGACGUCGCUCCGGGGUAUUGUGGGAAAUUGAGACGGCUGGCCGGCUCUCUUUGUCACGAUCUAGUAAAUGUACCAUAGCCGCUCCGUUGCUUGCUAAUAUAUUUUAUAAUAUUUCUGAUGUUCUCUUGUUCCUCCCUCUCUUUUUUUAGACAGCAAGAA